UUCUUCUUAGAGUAAAAUAAAAUACAAACAUAUUCAAUUUCCAAAGGAUCCUCGCUCCUUUAAUCUGAACUAAAAGCUUUGUCCCCCUCACAGAUAGUUUUCCACCGUCUGUGAUGUUUCUCUCUCAUCCCAUUACUAAUCACACUCUUCUCUUCAAAGAACCCAAAAGAUCACCAUGGACGACCACUUCAUCUCCUCUACAAGCUGUUCUUGUGGACUCUCGGAUUAGCGCAUCAAAAGGAGCUAGUCAUUAUGUUAUGUACCCCUCGAAACCAAAGGAAAGAAUCAGGGAAAUGUUCACCAAGGUUGAACUCUCGGUUUCCUCGUAUGACACUGCUUGGGUGGCAAUGGUCCCUUCACCAAAUUCACCAUCAUCUCCCUGUUUCCCCAAGUGUUUAAGCUGGAUAUUGGAGAAUCAGCUUCCGGAUGGUUCAUGGCCUGUUGCUCACAACCAUCCCUUACUGAUUAAAGAUGCUCUGUCGUCCACAUUAGCGUGCGUCCUUGCUCUGAAGAAAUGGGACAUUGGCGAAGAGCAUGUAAACAAAGGCCUUCAGUUUAUUGGAUCAAAAUUCUCUCUAAUCAGUGAUAAGAAUCAGCAUGCUCCAAUUGGAUUUGAUAUCAUAUUUCCUGGUAUGGUUGAAUAUGCUAAGUUUUUAGGCUUAAAUCUUCCCAUGAGUACACCGGCUAUAGAUGUUUUGCUCCAGCACAGAGACUUGGAGUUCAAAAGAAUUUCUGAGAGCAACUCCGAGGGAAGUAAGUUAUAUCUAGCAUAUAUUGCAGAAGGUUGGGGAAAAUAUCAUGAUUGGAAAGACAUCAUGAAGUAUCAGAGGAAGAAUGGAUCACUGUUUAACUCACCAUCUGCUACGGCAGCUGCUUUUGUUCAUCUUCAAGAUAGUAACUGCCUCAAUUACUUGCAUUCACUCUUAGAAAGGUUUGGUAACGCAGUUCCAACAGCUUAUCCUCUAGACAUAUAUGUUUCUCUCUCCAUGGUUGAUAAUCUUGAGAGAUUGGGUAUCGAUCGACACUUUAAGAAUGAAAUAAGAAUUCUUUUGGACAGAAUAUACAUAUGUUGGUUGCAUAUGGAGGAGGAGAUAUUCUCAGACAUGGCCACGUGUGCAUUAGCAUUUCGGAUCUUACGAAUGCAUGGAUACGACAUCCCUACAGAUGCUCUAGCCAUGUUUGCUGGAGAAAAUUUCUUUGAAACUCCAGGAGGAUGUCUAAAAGAUCUGUGCAGUACAUUAGAGUUAUAUCGAGCUUCACAUAUCUUGAUAUCUCCUGAUGAACAAAUUUUGGAGAGACAACAUUUGUGGUCUAGUAAUUUCCUAAAACAAUGUUUAUCCAAAUGUUUGACAGCCACCGAUGUGUUUGAUGGACGUAUUAUCCAAGAGGUGGAUUAUGCCCUUAAAUUUCCCUUAUAUGCCAAUUUAGAACGCCUUGAAAACAAGAGAAAUUUGGAGCACUACAACAUAGAUAACUUGAGGAUUCUCAAAAGUUCAUAUAGGUCCUCGAACAUUGAAAACAAAGAUCUCCUUGAUUUGGCUGUUGAAGACUUUAAUCUGUGCCAAUCAAUACACCAGAAAGAGCUGCAACAACUAGAAAGGUGGGUUAUAGAAAACAGAUUAGAUAAGCUGAAAUUUGCAAGACAGAAGCUGACAUACUGUUAUUUCUCUGCUGCUGCGACUCUUUACUUCCCUGAAUUAUCUGAUGCUCGCAUGUCAUGGGCCAGAAAUGGUGUCCUAACUACUGUGGUUGACGACUUCUUUGACAUUGGAGGUUCCGGAGAAGAACUAGUAAACCUGAUAGAAUUGGUCGAGAAGUGGGAUGGAGUUUCAACUACUGAUUUUUGCUCUGUACAUGUGGAGAUUAUAUUCUCCGCAAUUAAAAAUACAACAAAUGAGAUAGGAGAGAAGGCAUUCUCACGGAUAGGGCACCACGUCACAAGCCACAUAAUUGAGAUAUGGUUGAAAUUGCUAAACUCCAUGAUGAAAGAAGCAGAAUGGACCCAUAACGAGGUGGUACCAACACUGGAGGAAUAUAUGGCAAAUGCAUAUGUAUCUUUCGCCUUAGGACCUAUUGUUCUCCCAGCACUUUAUCUUGUUGGACCUGAUAUCCCGGAGGAGGUUGUUCGAGAUACGGAGUACCAUAAUCUUUUUAAGGUUAUGAGCACAUGUGGGCGCCUCCUAAAUGACAUCCAAGGGUUCAAGAGAGAAAGUAAGGAAGGGAAACUGAAUGCUGUAUCACUGCUCAUGAUUCCUUGCAAUGGUGUUGUUUCUGAAGAAGAGGCUGUGGGAAGGAUUAGUGGUAUGAUCGAGAUCAACAGAAGAGAAUUGCUGAGAUUAGUUUUACAGUCCAAGGACAGUGUGGUACCAAGACCUUGCAAAGAUUUAUUCUGGAAGAUGAGUAAAGUAGUUCAUCUGUUUUACAGGAAUAAUGAUGGGUUUACAUCUUUACAAGAAAUGGUUAGUGCCGUUAAUGCUGUCAUUGAAGAACCAUUAAGCAUUCCUCCAAGUGAUGUUUGUUAGUACCGCAUAAGCUCGUCUUAUUUCUAUAUUGUUAUUAAGCAAUCAACAUUACUUGGCUUGUCUUCAGUCGUCUCACCCGAUAUGUACUACAAAGUGAAUGAUUUUUCUUUUUGGAAUACGACAAUGUUUUUCUGCAAUAUGAAGUCUUUUUUUGAAG